GGGUGCGAAAGCUGGCACGUGGAAGCUGCAACGCAUGCGUGUUAUUAUAUCCUCCUGCAGGAUUUUCAGUCGCGUCAGGCCAGUCAGAACUUGCUCUCCGGCACGCGUAGAUUUUUUUUUUCAUAUAACGUGUGUGUCAGUGUCAGUGUCAGUGAACUGGUAAACAGAAUAAAGUGCGUGUGGCGUUGGUGUCCACACAUAUUAGGGAGAAACUAUGACAACUUCAUUUCUUCUUCUUUGUACCGGAAUCUUCUUCGUACAAAUUUGCAUCAUUGGGGGACGGCAGGCGAGAAACGUUCAGAUUCAUGGAAAGCCUACGAAUAAUCAUGGGAAUCAUGAUGUCGCAACAGUUGAUGAUUUCACGAACGAUUCACAACUGCCGAGAUUUGCGGAACCAAUACAAAAUGUGACAGUAAGCAUAGGGCGAGAUGCCCUUCUUUCUUGCGUUGUCGACAAUCUACGGAAUUUUAAGGUAGCAUGGGUUCGUGUAGACACACAAACAAUACUCUCUAUUCAUCAUAAUGUAAUCACACAAAACCCUCGUAUCUCCCUCACAUAUAAUGAUCAUCGUUCUUGGUAUCUUCACAUAAAGAAAGUUCAGGAAGUGGAUCGAGGAUGGUACAUGUGUCAAGUAAACACAGACCCUAUGAGAAGUCGACAAGGCUACCUUCAAGUUGUUGUGCCACCGUCGAUCAUUGCCAAAGAAACAAGCACGGACAUGGUUGUACGCGAAGCAUCGAAUGUAACAUUAACUUGCAAGGCUGCCGGAUAUCCAGAACCCUAUGUUAUGUGGAGACGGGAAGAUGGAGAGAAUAUAAAUUAUAAUGGCGAAAGUGUAAGUGUUGUCGACGGUGAAGUUUUGCACAUUGUAAAAAUCAGCAGACUUCAUAUGGGAGCAUAUUUAUGCAUUGCUUCGAAUGGUGUUCCACCUUCAGUGAGCACUCGUGUCUCUCUUCGUGUUCAAUUUCCGCCAAUGUUAUCGAUACCAAACCAAUUAGAGGGAGCUUAUAUUGGGCAAGACGUUACGCUAGAAUGUCACACGGAAGCGUAUCCAGACUCAAUAAAUUAUUGGACAACGGAACACGGAGACAUGAUUGUUUCUGGCAAUUACCGUUCCGUUGCAGGAGACAAAUACGAAGCGAUUUCUACAAAAAGUGGUUACAAUCAAUACAUGUUACUCAAGAUAAGAAAUGUUGGAGUCAAAGACUUUGGUUCAUAUAAAUGCGUCGCACAAAAUUCUUUAGGAGGAACUGAUGGUGUCAUUAAAUUAGACGAAAUCCCAGCUCCUUCAACAACGACGACACAAAUGUCUCUCUUUGCAACUGCUUCAUCAAAGCAUAAUGGGAGGAACGGUAACAAGAAAUCACGACAGCGACCAAUCGACUAUGAAGUGGAGGAAUGGCGAGAUUCAGAUUACAACAGAGAUUACGGAUUAGCGUCGAUGAGGCCUCCGGGUGAUGUGCCGUCAGACGCAUUGAGCCAAGGCGCCGCCUCCACCCCCGAGGUCUAUCUCUCGUUCUUCCUCGCUCUUCUUUCCUGUGCACUACUUCCGGCCUUCAGGAGGUGAUUCUUGCGUCAGGGAUGGAGCUUCCAGUUAGCUUGUGUUAGAAAAUGUGAGUGUCAACAAUGAAAAUCUGGCGCCGUAGAAAUGGGUGGCUAAAAAUUCGCCCUUUUCCACUCGAUGAUAGACGAUGGUUGCUGAGAUUCCCCGAGAAAAAAUAAAGUGAAAAAGAGAGAGUAUGUGCUAAAUUAUUUUCGUACCAAAGAAAAAAACGACUUAUAAAUGAAGAACACUAAACUAUAAGUAUACUGAUUAAAUAUGUAAGUACUUUUUAGACUGUAAUGAUCAUCUGGAGAAAAAAAAAUGUACGCAUAAAUUUUAGCGAUAUAAUUACUUCCAAGUGUUUCUUGAUAUAAAGCUUAAUCAAUGAGUUAUAUUUCUACUUUUAAAUUUUUUUCUACAUUUUUUUUUAUUCUUGUGUACUUUUUCAAUUUAUGUUUACUUUUUACAAUUUUUACAAUACCGACCUUGAGACAACUUUGCGGGGUAAUAUUGUAUUGCGCGGCUAGUUUGGGGUAAUGUUGUUAUAACGUUAAAUCAACACUGUCAAUAAUAUUCACUUAAAAUUUAGUAUCUUAUACUUUCUUUCGUUAGGCAACAUUGCCUUAUGCCUUAAUUCUAAAUCUUUUUUUAAUUUCUUUAGUCUUAAAUCUUAUUCCAAGUUUUAAAUAUUAUGCCAUAAGUCUUAAGUCCUAAAAAUAGAUAUGUGACGCUCCACGAGAAAAGGGACCUUAUUUACUAUUGUUAUAAGGUACAAAAAUAAAGAUAAAAUUAAAGAUUCAUGAGUGAUUGAUUUCUUUAUUUGUGAACUUUUUAUUCACUAGUAAAAUAUUAAAUUACUUAUUAAAAUUUAAUAUAAAGUUUUCCAGUU